GCUGUUUGUCAGCCGGACGGAUUUCAGCUGCGCUCCCAUUCAGACCGUUCAGAAACAACCCGCCGUGGAGGAAACAUGGCAGCGCAGAUGGCAACCACGAAAGUGCCCGAGGUGCGAGACAUCACCAGGAUAGAGAGGAUUGGUGCGCACUCGCACAUUCGAGGCCUUGGGUUGGAUGAUGCCUUGGAGCCGCGACAGGUGUCUCAGGGGAUGGUGGGUCAGUUGGCGUCUCGGCGGGCAGCUGGUCUGAUCUUGGAGAUGAUUAAAGAUGGACACAUAGCUGGUCGUGCAGUGCUUAUCGCUGGCCAGCCUGGGACGGGCAAGACUGCCAUUGCUAUGGGCAUUGCUCAGUCCCUUGGUCCAGACACACCUUUUACUGCUCUGGCGGGGAGUGAAAUCUUCUCUCUCGAGAUGAGCAAGACUGAGGCUCUUAGCCAGGCUUUCCGCAAAGCCAUUGGAGUCCGAAUCAAAGAGGAGACGGAGAUCAUUGAGGGCGAGGUGGUGGAGAUUCAAAUCGACAGACCUGCUACGGGAACGGGUGCAAAAGUGGGCAAGUUGACUUUGAAAACAACAGAGAUGGAGACCAUUUAUGACCUGGGCAGUAAAAUGAUUGAAAGCCUCAGUAAGGAGAAGGUCCAGGCUGGGGAUGUGAUCACCAUUGAUAAAGCAACAGGGAAAAUCAGCAAGCUUGGCCGCUCUUUUACCAGAGCACGAGAUUACGAUGCCAUGGGGUCACAGACUCAGUUUGUGCAGUGUCCAGAAGGGGAGCUGCAGAAGAGAAAGGAGGUCGUCCAUACCGUCUCACUCCACGAGAUCGAUGUCAUCAACAGCCGUACACAGGGCUUUCUGGCCCUAUUCUCAGGAGACACAGGAGAGAUCAAGUCAGAGGUACGCGAGCAGAUCAAUGCUAAAGUCUCUGAGUGGAGAGAAGAAGGCAAGGCAGAGAUCAUUCCUGGGGUCCUCUUCAUAGAUGAAGUUCACAUGUUGGACAUUGAGUGUUUCUCCUUCCUAAACCGAGCCUUAGAAAGUGAUCUUUCACCUGUACUCAUCAUGGCCACAAAUCGAGGCAUCACCAGAAUCCGAGGCACAAACUACCAGAGUCCUCAUGGUAUUCCUAUAGAUAUGCUCGACCGGCUCCUGAUCAUUGCCACAUCUCCCUACACUGAGAAAGAGACAAGGCAGAUCCUCAAGAUCCGGUGUGAAGAAGAGGAUGUGGAGUUGAGUGAGGAAGCACACACUGUGUUGACACGUAUUGGACAGGAGACGUCUCUCCGCUAUGCCAUCCAGCUCAUCAGUACUGCAGGCUUGGUGUGCCGCAAACGCAGGGGCACUGAGGUCCAGGUAGAGGACAUUAAACGUGUUUACUCUCUCUUCCUGGACGAGUCACGUUCCUCCCAGUACAUGAAAGAGUACCAGGACUCCUUCCUCUUCAACGAAACACAAUCAAUUCAGAUGGACACAUCUUAAGAAGGAGAGGAUGGAGAACCUUUUAAUACCAUGUUCUUUUGAUGUUCACUUAACCCUUGUGGCCUGACUGUCUCCUGCUGGCUGUGAAGUGCAUUCCCUCAGUGUUUUUUUCCAUGUGUUUAGAAGCGGUUUGCCAUUUGCUGAAAUCAAUGCACAUUAAAACUAUUUUUGGUUGAAUUGCAAA